AUGAACAGCCUCCAAUCCCUCCCACAAUGGCAAACUUUCAUGAACCACCCAACAGGAAUUUGGCUAGGCUUCAUAAACGCCCUGCAGAACAUCGGCAGCAUUCUCUUCCUCCCGGCGCAAGCCUGGUCCGCCAACCGCUUCGGCCGCAAGCCAACUAUCCUAGUGGGAUACAUCUUCCUCGCACUAGGCGUGGGCAUCCAAGCCGGUGCAAGCGAUCCCGAUAUGUUCAUCUAUUCACGACUACUUAUUGGUAUUGCUGGUGCUUGGUUCCAGUGUGGUGUGAUUCUCGUAACGGAGAUUGCGUAUCCGACGCAUCGUUCGCUUGUUACUGCUAUUUAUAUGUGUCAGUAUUAUAUGGGCUCUUCGUUAUCGGCGUGGAUCUCGUUCGGGACGAGGAAUAUGGCUGGCAAUUGGGCGUGGCGGCUGCCGGUUUUGAUGCAGGUUGCGCUGCCGUUAGUGGCGUUGCCGGGGACGUUGCUUGUAGCUGAGUCGCCACGUUGGUUAAUCAAGCAGGGGAGACUUGAUGAGGCUAAGGAUGUUCUGGGGAGAUUCCAUGCGGGUGGCGAUGAGGGUUCACCGUUGGUUGCUUUUGAGAUUGAGGAGAUUAGUCAGGGUUUGCUUCUGGAAGAGCAGGCUCAGGCUGAGUCGCGCUGGGUUGAUUGCGUUACCACGCCUGGGAAUCGGUAUCGGUUCUUCCUGAGCGUUUCGCUCGGGAUCUUUGCUCAGUGGAAUGGCGGUGGAGUGGUGUCUUACUAUCUGACCUUCAUCCUCAACACAAUUGGCAUAACCUCGACCACAGACCAAACACUCAUAAACGGUUUCCUACAACUCUGGAACCUUAUAAUGAGUAUUGUCGGCGCGUGCCUAGUUGAUCGCGCCGGCCGACGCGCCCUCUUCCUCGCAUCGACAGUUAUAAUGCUAAUAAGUUACAUCUUCAUCACGGCACUUUCAGGCAGCUUCACCGCAACCAAAACCAGUUCUGUUGGAACAGCGGUCAUACCAUUCCUCUUCAUCUACUACGCUGGUUAUGAUAUUGCCUUUACGCCUCUGCUAUUGGCCUAUCCCGCUGAGAUCUGGACUUUCUCGAUGCGCGCCAAGGGUGUUGCUCUUUCGAUGGGAUCGACUUAUUUGGCAUUGGCGUUCAAUCAGCUUAUUAACCCCAUUGCAUUCGAGAGUAUUUCUUGGAAGUAUUAUUUUGUGUUUUUGGGUGUUUUGCUUUUCAUUCUGGUUGUGGUUUGGAAAGCUUAUCCUGAAACUAAGGGGAGGUCGCUUGAGGAGAUUGCAGUCAUCUUUGAUGGGGAGAGGGCACGCGUGGUUGUACCUGACUUUGAAGCUGUGGGGGAGAAACAGGCUGGGAGGAUUGAACAUAGAGAGACUGUAUGA